AUCACAACGGUAACUAAAUCAGUAAGCCGAAUAACUAGCACACACCAGCCAAUAUGGGUAAAAAGCAAGCUGCUGGAGAGAAUAGCAGAAAGGCGGCAGGAAACGCCAAGAAAGCUGAUGUUGCUGCGUCAAAAGCGGCAGUUGAGAAAAAUAAAAAGGAUCAAGCAGAGUCAGAAGAAUGGUCCAAGGGAGCAAAGAGCAAUGCAAAGGCUGAAGCUGCAGCACUCAAACAAGCCGAGUUGAAUCGGAAGAAAGCAGAAAAGGAAGCAUUGUUGAAGGCUGAGGAAGCUGCUGCUCCCUCUGGUCCGAAGAACUCGAAGAAAGCCGAAAAGAAGCCCGCCGUUAAAAGAGGUCUCGACCUAUCACAACUGGACGACUCCCCUACUAGUGCUAGUCCAUCAUCAGCUCUCAAUGCUUCCAACAUUGAUGAUGCGUUGGAUGCGCUGGCUUUGACAUCAAAUACGAAGGAAAAGGUCGAUAGGCAUCCAGAAAGGAGAUUCAAGGCUGCUUAUGCCGAAUUCGAAGAGAGGAGGUUGCAAGAAAUGGAUAAUGACGGUAGUGGAAACGGGCUGAGAAAGAACCAAAAACAGGAGAGAAUCAGGAAAGAGUUCGAAAAGAGUCCUUUGAAUCCUUAUAACCAGAUCACUGGCAGAUACGAUUCAACCAAGGACAUCGUCAAAGUCAAGUAUAACAACAAUAACAAUGGCGCCACAACGAUUAUCAACCUUAUCUACUGUUCGAAAGCAGCAUUUACUCGUAGAAUUGUGCGUUGCAAUCCAAUCUUCCCAUCAACAACCAAGUACAUUGCCAUGCUGAUGAGAGAUCCACCAAUAUGCAGUUCAAGUCUAAAAUACGCAUGUCCACAUGGCGUGUUCAUGAGCCUCACACCUGGCGACCCCACCCUCUGGUCUGGCGUCCUAUUCGUGCGGAAAGGUCCCUAUGCGCCUUCAAUCCUGCGCUUUCAGAUUUCGUUUCCACCUCAAUAUCCUGCUCUGCCGCCUCUAGUAACUUUCUCGACGGAUAUUUUUCACCCGCUGAUUACGCCGCUUACAACUUACAUGUACAGUACGGAUACACAGUCUGACGGGACAGUGAGCGCGACAGAUGAGGAGAGAUUACCUCCUGGAGGGUUCUCACUGAGAGAAGGGUUCCCGGCGUGGUUUGGAAGAACAAGUAGAAGAGGCGCAGAACAAGGAACUCCCACGAAGGCCGGUGGAAGUUCAGCUGAGAGUGAAGCUAUGAGUAGCCCAGGAAGUGGUAUUUAUUCACUGGGAAAAACUGCAGAUGGUGUCAGAGUUGGGGUUUAUGAAGUAUUGAGAUAUAUCCGGAGGACGUUUGACGAUGAACUCGUGCUAGACAAGGUACCUUUGGAAGCAGCUGGUAACCCCGGCGCAUGGCACGCGUGGAAAUCGUAUCGCAUAAGGAUAGGCAAGAUGACUGCAGAGAAGAAAGACUCCGAUUUCAAAGAUCCGGCAUCACCAGUAGUAGCGCGCGCACCAGGAGAAUGGAACUGGGAUGGCGUGUGGGAAACGAGAGUCAAGAAGGGUAUCGAGGCCAGUACCGCCGAGACAGUCUUAUAUGGUUUAGGAGCAGAUGAUUUGAUACAAUUUCUCAAUUUUGACAAGGAGAAAGUUGAGCAAAUCAGAGAGCAGAUUAAAGGGAGUGCGGAUACUAUGGAACCACAACGGAGAAGCGUGGUAUGA